CUGCACCAAGUGAGUCUUCUCGCCGCCAUCGCCUCUCCGAUCGUCCAGCUACCUGUGUUCGUAACCUUUGCUCUUGCCAAUAGGCGCAUGAUCGACCAGCAGGUCCCGGGCCUGGAGGAGGGGGGGGUUGCCUGGUUCGAGGACUUGACCGAGGCGGACCCCCUUUUGAUCUUGCCUGUGCUGUGCUUAGGCUCAACUUACCUGAAUCUGGAGCUCGGGUUCGCUCGUUUGCAUGAGUCUCAGAUAAUUCUACGGUUUUUGAAGGACAACUUGCAACUCUUCCUCAUUCUGGGGGCCCCGGUCUCGUCCACCCUGCCCGCUGGGGUCUUCAUCUACUGGUUCACUUCCAGUGU